CGUAGAAGAAGAUGGUGGAUGUUAACUAUUCAUCGCAACAGGACUAAGUAAGUAACUGCUUAAAUUUAAUUUUCUUUGUACUUUUAGUUAUUUUAUAAUUCAGUAUAAUUAAAAUGUAUAUUUUUUUCAGACAAACUAUGGAUAAUCAGCUAGCUGAAAUGCUUGCUGAACCAUCUGGUGAAUUCGAUAACUUCGUGAGGAUGUCAAACAGCGAUUUUGAGUUUUUGAUACAAAAAGUAUCACCUGUAGUUGCAAAACAGGAUACAGAUUGGCGGGAAGCAAUACCUGUAAAAAUUCGUCUCGCAUUGACACUAAGAUACCUAGCUACUGGCGAUAGCUUUCGUAGUUUACACUACCUAUUCAAAAUUUCAAGCCAACUUAUUUCAAGAAUUGUUCCUGAAGUAUGUCUAGCCCUCAAUGAAGCUUUGAAAGAUUUUGUUAAGAUCCCCACAACAACUGAAGAAUGGCUUUCCAAAGCUGAACGAUUCAAGUUCCCUCAUUGCCUUGGUGCUAUGGAUGGCAAACAUGUGACAAUACAGCCACCUCCUCAUAGCGGAACUGAAUAUUACAAUUAUAAACGUACUUUUAGCAUUGUCCUCUUAGCUAUAGUAGAUUAUGAUUACUGUUUCAUGUUUGCUGAAAUAGGCGCUCAAGGGCGUAUAAGUGACGGUGGCGUUUUUAAUCAAAGUAGUAUAUCAAAAAAAAAAAUCGGAAAAUAGCAUCAAUUUGCCGCCUCCUAGUUCACUACCAGGAUGUGAUAUUGAUUUACCCUAUGUAUUUUUAUGCGAUGGAGCAUUUAGUUUAACUAAAAAUCUUAUGAAACCUUUUCCUGGCCGUCACCAGUUGAAUUCUCCAGAAAGGGUUU